GCCUGGCCGAGCCGCCCGCCGGGCCCGUGGCGCCGCGGGGGGGGGGGGCUGUCCGCCGGCGGCAGCAGCAGGCGCCCCGCGGGGGGGCGGGGGAGGCCGGGGGCCCGGAGCGGGCCCGGCCGCCGCGGCCUUUCCUGGGGCAGCCCGGUGGCGGCGCGGCGGGCGGGAGGAUGUCCCGGGUGCCGGUGGGGAAGGUGCUGCUGCGGAACGUCAUCCGGCACACGGGCGCGCACAACAAGAUUCAGGAAGAGACCGAAAUGUGGAAAAUAAGGGAGUGGGAGAAGCAGACAGAAGAGACUUACUGGAAAAGGCAAAGCAGAAUGCUGUCAGACACAUCCAGCAGUCGGAUGCGCAGCGAUGGCUUUGAUGAGGAGGGCCACAGGGCUGACUGGAAAACAAGGAACUCGCAAUUUCUUGACCUAGUCGAAGAUGAUCUCCUUAGGGCCCGAUCCUGGAAUAAAAAGCUGUAUGAAUGUGAAGCCAACAUGCCAGACAGAUGGGGUCACAGUGGCUACAAAGAGUUGUACCCUGAAGAAUUUGAUACAGAUAGUGACCAGCCAGAAGGAGAUGAACAAAAGGCCAUCAAUGGGAAGAAGAAAUCUCAUCUGGGAAAGGAAACUGCCCGUGAGUCACACAAACGGAAAAAACCGAAGAAAUCGCACAAGAAGAAGCAGAAAAAACGAUCUCACAAAAAGCGAAAGAAAAAGAAAAAGGAGCAGGGGAGAACGUCAUCCGAUUCUUCCCGAGAGAGUGAGUGCUCAGAAGAGGAGGCUUCAAGCACCCGGAAAGGGAAACACAAGCGCAAGAAAAAGACCAGGAAAGUGCCUGCCAGGGAACCUACCUCUUCUUCUGGACAGGAGAGUGACUUUUCUCAUGCAAGCAGCUCAACCACCAGCAGCUCUGAGGACAGUGAAUCUGAGGAGAAAAAAGAGAAACGGCCUCCAAAAAAGAGAAAGAAACAUCAUGAUUCUGUGUCAGAGAGGCACAGCGAAGUACCGGAGAAGAGGAACAAGAGGAAGAACUGGAAAGUGGCCGCUGAUGAAAAAUCAGAGGAUAGCUCAGAUGAGGACUGAUGGGUGGGUCAAGGCUGCAGCUCAAACAAUAAGGUAGAGGACAGAGGCAGGUAUUUAUAUCUUUCAACACUGCCCCAUGGUACAACUUGUUCCAGCACUGUGGUUUAUAUACAUCCCGCCGGCCCACAGCGGGGAAACUGAGCC